GUCCUCCCAUAACACAGACAGAGGGACAGGAGAGCAACAACAUAAACCAGUUGGAACACACCAGUGGAUGUACUGUACAAGGAGGGACUGUUUCUGCCUAUGCUUGUCACAUGCGCUCACUGUAGUUGGAGGGGAAAGUCAGACUGAGCCUGGGCAUCCAGUAGCCGAGUGGCUGGCAAAUCCAGGACCAUGAAGCUUAGCGUGGCGUUGUUUUUUGCAGGGCUCUUCGGGGCGUUGGCAGCUGUGUUCACCCUCCUCUCGUUUGGAACUGAUUACUGGCUGUUGGCCUCGGAGAGUUGCCAGCCGAACCCUGCUGGAUCUGUUGGCCCGGGUGGUGUGACCUUAGAGCGUGGAGAUGUGGUGAUGCAGGAGGGCACUAGUAAUGUCACUAGUGACGUGGUGCUGCAGGAGGGCACUGGUGAAGUCACUAGUGGCGUGAUGGUGCAGGAGGGCUAUGUCACUCUAUACCAUGAGGGUUUCUUCUGGAGGUGUUCGUUUGGAGGCAACGUGGGUGAUGACGACCUGAUGUGGAAGCUCUGGUUCACAAAUCAGCCUCACUCCAAAGUGUGCAUGCACGCCUACCUCUUCCCAUUCCCCAUUUCUCACCAGACCCACAAUGCCACAGAGUAUGAUUCGGCCAUAAUCUACAGAGGCUUCUGGAGCAUCUUUAUGCUCAUCGGCGUGGCAGCUGUAGUGCUCGGUGGGUUCUUCAUCAUCUGUGCUGCUCCGUUCGCCAGCCAUCGCUUGUAUAAAGCAGGGGGUGGCCUCUUCCUGGCAUCUGGUCUCUUCCUGCUGUGUGUGGUGGUGAUGUACGUACUGUGGGUGCAGGUGUUGGGUGUGGUGGAUGCCUACGUAGACCACCAGCGCUCUACGAUGUGUCCAGGCUUCCAGCUGUCCCUCAGCUAUGGUCUGUCCUUCAUGUUUGCCCCCAUCGGCAUCUUCUUCUGCCUCCUGGCCGGCCUUCUUUUCGUCCUCAUUGGCCGAUCCAUCCAGAUCCAUUGCUAAUGAUUUCAACCAGCAGCAGGUUAGAGGAAGAGUGGGCGCUGUGCAGUGUUUUUUUUCUAACCACCAGACCUUUGACAUUUUCCCCAUUUUAUCUACCAAGUAAAAGCAGGACUCUGUAGAUACUAUAUGGAAGCUCUGUGGUAUAAAUGAUCUGAUGGUCUUGAACUCUUAGUUCCAGGAUAAACACAUUGCAUCCAUUGUCGAGUUCAGAAAUGGCAUCAUAAUCACUCCAGCCUCAACGUUACAGUACACACAGUUCUGUGCUAUUCUCAACAAGCCUGAUCACUGACAGUAUAAAUACCUGUGGUACAUAACACUUUAGUUAAAAUCUCGCGUGUUGAUGGUUGUGAAGGUUAUGAGUGUAUGUUCAUGAAAUUCAAAAAUCAAAUGUUGAUCAGGAAAAGUGUUGUCAGUUGAAGCAUUUCUUUCUUGGCUUAAGAUUAUGCUGAAGAGGUACAAAAAAAGACUGUUCCCUGGUUGAACAAGUUAAUCUAAUAUAUAUUUUGCUUUGUAUAGUGUUUAAAAAAAAAUAAAAAAUCUAAAAAAACUGCAGAGUGAACAGCUUAUACAGUAAGUUGACAUGAUAUUUUUUUAUAUUCUGUAUAUACAGUAAUGGGAGUCAGUGUUGUCGUUAAGAACGCCUGGCCUGCAGCUUUUUCUGCAGUUCAUUUAAAGGGUAAGAAUGACGAUAUUCUACAUUUUUGUUAUUGUCAACAAAUCCUAUGAAAAGACCAAAACCAAGCCCAUUAAUUUAUACUGAAGAAGUAAUAUUUAAAAACAAAUCACAAAUAUAAAUAAGUUCCUGAAGCAGCUGGGCGCUGUAGUUUUUUUUGAAAACAGGAGUAAAUAGUGCAUGUGUUGGGGGUUAGUUUUAGCUGCAGACUGAAACACAUUUCAUAUUCUGGUGAGUAUUUACUACAGCAGGACAGCGUAUGUGUAUCAACUCAGUAUUAGUCUCGCAUAGCCAGACUUACAAUUCUGGCUCCCCUGUGUUUUGGGUCCCAUCCAUCGCCCUGACUUCCACACCAUGGAGUUAUACGCUGUCUUAUAAUACAUCACCCCACUUCCGCUUUUGCUCCCGUCAUAAUCACUACGGUCGCUAGAUUUUGCUGUUUUCUCCUUUUAUUCCUUCUUUCAGUGAUCGACCAUAUUAAUAGCUGACAAAACCUACUAUGUGGUGCAGCACGGCCCUACUGACUCACAUCUAUGAGUCUUAUAACGCACAUUUAACAGUCUAAUCGGCUGAUCAUUCUGCUAUAGGUAAGAAAACGCUCUGGCUUUUUUCUUUAAACCAAUCACAAUCGUCUUGGGUGGCGCUAAGCACAGGAUGCAGCGAGAGUGCCCUUGCUAAACAGGAACAUGUCACUAUUAAAGUUUUUUUGGGGGAAGGUUUUCCUUAUCCGAAGCGAGGUGCAAAGGACAGAUUGUAAAGCUCCUUGAGACAAAUUAUUGAUAUGUGAUAUUGGGCUAUAUAAAUAAAAUUGACAUGAACAACAGUGUGGCUCAUUGAAGGAUAUGGAGCUUUAUGGCACAGAAGAAUCAUUUUAUCGGACUUUGGCUACACACAUAAGAUUUGUUGAUAGGGUCAAUUUAUUCUUGGUUUUGGUCGUCUUUUGACCUGAGAAAAAAUUGUAGAAUAUAACCAGACUUAUCCUGUAAUAUAAUAAAAUAUUAAUAUUUAACUGUGUGUAUCAUGCUUCAUUUUUUUGCCUUUUCUGCAACAUUACUUUACUAUUUCUGUAUAUAGCCUGAAACUGCGCUGUUAUUUUUUAAUAAUUAUCUUUUUUUUUUGUUUUACUGUUUGACCAGUUUCUUGGUUCAACACAGUUUAUUCUUUAUAAAGUUUAUAAAUGGAGCUUGAAGCAUGAUUUAUUUUUUAUGUUGAGUUCAUGUAACUGUUUUAUGUUUAUGUUGUUGAGUUUUUGUCAUCCGGUUCAUCUAUGAUGUUAAGUGUGUUGUGAGAUCGUUGUGACAUAUUACAUCAUAUCUGUCUAAACAAAUGUUUUUUUCUCUGUUAUCUGUGUGCCAAUAAAAUGACGAGGUGAAGGCAAG